AUGGAAUCGUCCGUUCCAAAAUCCAUUCCAUUCCCUCAAAAUCAUUCCAUUCGUCACCCCUGUUUUUUUCCCAUUCCAUUCCCUCUUCACCUAACAACACCACAACCCACCACCGUUGCUACCACACCCCACCACCACCACCACCACCACCACCACCAUCACCCACCUACGCCGCCGCCGCUGCCACCACCUACCGCCGCCACCCACCUCCGUCCUUGCCACCGCCGUCGCCGCCACCCACCGUCGCCAUUGCCACCUCCGAUCAUCGCCACCACCCACCUUCGAUCAUUGACGCCACCAUUGCCACUGCCACCUCCGAUCACCGCCGCCACCAUUAUCAACCGCCACCACCCACCGCCACCACCGCUACCUCCUCCGACCACCCCUGCCACCACCAUUGCCACCGCCGCCACCUACCUCCACCGUCAUCUACCACCGUCAUCCACCACCGUCGCCAACCACCGCCACCGCUACAACUGA